AUGCUGCGCUCAUUUUCAGACAUGGUCGCCAUGACCAAGCGCGCCCUCAAGCCGACCGACAGCUCCGAGAAGACUAAAGCUGCUAUCGUUGUUGGCAGUGUCGGCGCCGUUCUAAUUUUCGCCAUCAUCCUUUUCUUCGUUCUUCGAAGUAUCCGCCUGCCCAAGAACAUUCGACAGCAACAAGCUGCAGCCCGCGCUCAUGCGAGAGCUCANAGCCCCCGCCGUUCAUGGGUACAGACCAUUCUGUCGCCCUUCCGUCGAGAUGCCGCCCCAUCUACCACCACCGCCGCUCGAGAGAUGACUCAAGACCCCGAGGCCGCAGUCAACAGGCAUACGAGCAUCCGUAGUAUCGCUACUCUCCCCGCCUACUCUGCUGUGCCUCACGAGAACGAAGGUGUUCUUGGUCGCGAAGGUGAAAGAGCAGGCAUGGACACUGUCGUAGAGUUCCCCGAAACCAAUGAAGAGGAGGAAGGCAGAAGAGAAGCCGAGAUGGAGUCGCUCUGGCAAAUUCGCCAGGCGCGCAGACAGGAGGCCGCUGAGAGAGAAGACCGUAGGCGCCGUCGCCGCGAGGCACGUGCUCGAGGUGACUUGGAGGCACUCAGCGCUUUGCGACACGAGACGGCUCUCCGUGUCACCUUGGAGCGUGCCAAUGGCUCAAACACGAUGGUUGCCGAGCACAACGCCAGGCCGCGAGAGAGAAGAAUCAGUGCAGUCUCGUAUGGUGACUUGGGCGUUGCUCGCCAUGAUGGCUCGCGUGUGCGCGCAAACUCUACAGAGUCUGAUAGCCGCCCGUUGCUGAACGACGCCUCUCGUGCAGGUACUGCCAAUCCUCUUCGACCUUGGUUGUCUCGCGGUUCUUUCUCGACCCACCAUCGUAUGGCCUCGGCCACCUCGGUGCUCACUACUGACAGCGCAGAUCCGGAUGACAGCGACUUUGAGGUCAUCUCUCUGCAACAUACUUCCUCUCGCCCGCGCUCAUCGCGAGCUCAUUCUCGAGCUCAGUCGAUCAACUUGAGUCUUCGUAGAACUUCGACUACGCAAGUUCACCAGCUUCCUCGGGUUGACGGUGAUCUUGGUGAGAGCCGCAUUCCUCUUCCCGAGCUACCACAAUACGACACUAUGGGCUUUGAAGAAGCCCCUCCUUACGAGGAGAUUCACUCUUCGAGGCCAUCCCUCUCGAGGGCCAACAGCCAAACACGAAGAAGCGAGAACAGCAGUCCGCUGUCCUCCCUGCCCGAAAUCGUCCGUCUUCCCAGCAUUCGCAUCAAUGAAGCAUCUCCGACCGAGUCUCCUCGUCAGUUCAACUUCCCGGCGAACGCCAGGCCCAUGACUGCCUCCACGAUCGAUGAAGAAACGUCUAACUAA